AUGUCGUCAUUAAAGCCAGCUCUUAUCACUGAAAAUCCAUCAAUUACUUUUCCACGCCAAUUAAAUGAUUCUGUACCAUCUACACCCUUUUCUACUUCUUCUACAAUAUCACACACAAGUGAUUUUUCUAAUGAAAAUCUAUAUGAUUCAAUAAAUUUAAAUGAAUUAAAACAAUUGAAUGAAAUAAUUGAAAAUCAACAGAUUGAUAAUGCUGCCACUACCAAUCAGACCAAGGAAACAGAUAAUGAUUCAGGAUUAUAUGAUGUUCCCUUUGUUACUGGCCAAACUUUCCAUCAUUUGUUAUCUACUUUUGAUGAAGAACCUUUUAAAGAAAUGGAAUCAAAUAAUUAUACGUAUUCCAUCGAAAAUACAAAUGAUAGUCCCAUUGAUAAACUUGAAAACCUUCAGGAUCUUAAAUAUACCUCUGAUGAUGACCAUGACAAAGAUUUAAAUCCUAAGGGAAAAAAUACUCCAAACUAUACAUAUCAUAGUUCCAAUAAUUAUUCUAAUUCAUUUUCUGAUUUAACCUCUAUUAAUGAUUCUUUUCUAAAUUUGAAUAAUAAUAAUAAAGAAACUACUUUUAUGAAUAAAAUGCAUUCUAUAUCUUCUUUUAAUAAUUCUAAAUUUGAUAAAGGUAUCUCUUUUGUUUCACCUAAAUUGUUAAAUAAAGGUUAUAAUUCCACAGAUGAUUAUGAAAUUAGUGAUAAUGAAAAAUAUUCAUCACCAAACCCACAAACCCCUAUUACCUAUCAUUGCUUUGUUUUUAAUAAAAAUGACUCUAUUAGAAAUAUUAAUAAUAAUGAGCUCCACAAUAAACAUACCAUAAACGAUCCAUCAAAUGAUCUAAAAACCAACCCCAAUUUUAAUAAUUAUAGUCUUUCCCAAACUAGACCCUCUACUAGUCUUUCAAUCUUUCAAAAUAUGACAAGACCAUCAACUUAUAAUAAUAAUCAUUUAUCCAACUCAACAACACCAUUUGCAAAUUUUACUCAUAUUACUUUAGAAAAUAUUAACAAUAACAUUAAUAUCACUAAUAAUGAAAAUUGUAAUACUAUAUAUUCCAAUAAUAAUUACGAUAUUACAAAUUCUACAAGUAAUCAAGGAUCUAUUUUCAAUUACUCUAACGUUUCCACCACCACCACCACCACUACCACUACCGCCACUAUUACUAAUAAUACCGGUAAUAAUAAUAAUAAUAAUAAUAAUAAUAAUAAUAAUAAUAAUAAUAAUAAUAAUAAUAAUAAUAAUAAUAAUAAUAAUAAUAAUAAUAAUAAUAAUAAUAAUAAUAAUAAUAAUAAUAAUAACCCAACAAUGAAUAAUAUCCAUCUAAACAUACCAAAUAAUAAUUCAACUAAUAUGUUUAAUAAUACAUCACAUUCUAAUUAUCCAAAUUAUUUCAAUUUGACAUGCCCCAAUUAUCCAACGUAUACUCAAACUAACUGUGUAUCUCCACAUAAGCAAAAGUUAAAGAAUUCAUCUUCUGCAUAUAAUACUCUAUGUUCAUAUUCAAAUUUAAACUCUAAUUCCACCAACUAUCAAACAGCAAUUAAUUCUUCUCCACCCACUACUGUCGAUUCAAAAACUAAUUAUAAUGUUCAACAUCAAGAUAUAUCUUUUUGUAACAAUAACCGUAACAUAAUCUCCAAUAAAUCAAUAAAUAGACACCAUUCUGAGUCAUUACCAUCCAAAAAUAAUCAUAGUAUCACUACUAGUAAUACUAGUGCUACCAGUAAUAAUGUUUCCAAACAGGAUAAAAAUUCAAAUAUUUAUAUAACUCCCGAAAUAUUUGAUGAUUCAAAUUCUAAAAUAUCAAGUCUUAAUAUUCAUGAAAUUCUAAAUGAUAAAUCCACAAAUGAUAAAAAGAUUACCACAAAUUCUAAAUAUGACAGAAAAAGAUUCCCAUCUAUUAGUGAUUCUAUCUCCGCAAAGAUUCAAUAUCCAAUCCCAACAGAAACUUUACCUUAUUCAACAGUUAAAGUUGAAAAUAAUCAAUUCAAUUCUAAUAUCAAAACUUCACAAAAUUUAAAGAUGAAUAAUAUUGUUUGUGAUAAAGAGUUAUUCACUAAAAACAAAUCACAUUUAGCUAAGAAUAAUUCUUCAACAAAACAAGAAGAAAAAUUAGAAAACAAGUUGACUAAAAAUAAAUGUGAAUAUUGUUUAAAGAAGUUUCGUAGACCUUCAUCAUUAAAAACACAUUUGAAUAUUCAUACUGGGAUACAACCAUUUAAAUGUCCAUCCAAAAGAUGUGAUAAGAGUUUCAACGCAAGAUCAAAUAUGUUAAGACAUUAUAAAUUACAUUUCAAGAUCGGUAAUAAUCGGUAUUUAUUACCGAAUGGAGAAAUCAGUUCUUUCAAACCUACAACUAAGCAAUUAUUUUCCCAAUAUGGAAUCUCCAUUACUGGAGUCUAUAAGGAGACUAAAGAAGAGAUGGAAGAAUCUUCAGAGAAUAAUGAUAAUAAUAAAAAAACAAAAAAGAUGAAAAGUAAUAAAAUUGAAAAAUAA